AGAAUGUGCGCGCGCAUUGACAGAAUAUUCUGGUGAGGACCUUCCAGGAAGCUAGCAUGCUGCAAGGGGCUUCAUUCAUUUUCUUUAGUGUUAUUUCAUUUGAAAAUAAGCUUUUUUAGAGCUUCAAUAAUGACGCUGACACCUCUUGUUUACUGGGCACAACGCCACGAGGAAAUCUACCUGCGCGUGGAGCUCACAGAUGCACUGAAUAUUGAUGUCCAAGUACAUGAGAAUGUCCUUCAUUUUCAAGCUCUGGGGCAUGGUGCUAAAGGACAGCAUGAAUAUGAGUUCAGCUUAGAGUUUCUUUUACCAGUAAAGUCAGAGGUGAGACACAAGUCCACGCAGCGGCAGGUAAACAUCACAGUGCGGAAAGAGCAGCGAGGCUGGUGGGAAAGGCUGACCGCUCAGGAGCGCAAACCGGUUUUCCUGGCCCCAGACUUCGAUCGCUGGUUGGACGAGUCGGACGCUGAGAUGGAGAUCCAGGAAAAGGAGGAGAAAAGGAACAGACUGAAAGCUUUGAGGCAUUCAGAAGAAGGGUUUGUUAGCCUGAAAACAGGCUUUUUGUUUGUUUACAACCUGGUUCAGUUUCUUGGAUUUUCAUGGAUCUUCGUUAACAUGACUGUACGCCUCUUCAUCUUUGGGCAAGACUCGCUGUACGACACAUUUCACACCAUAUCGGAUGUGAUGUUCUUCUGUCAAAUCUUGGCAUCAGUUGAGGUGCUGAAUGCUGCUUUUGGUGUAGUUCGGACUGGUGUUAUUCCCACCCUUAUACAGGUGGUUGGAAGGAACUUUAUCCUCUUCAUAAUUUUUGGUAGUUUGGAAGAAAUGCACCACCGGCCAGUUGUCUUCUUUGUUUUCUAUCUUUGGAGCACCAUUGAGAUUUUUAGGUAUCCGUUUUACAUGCUGGGCUGCUUUAACACCGAGUGGAAAACUCUCACUUGGUUGCGCUACACAGUCUGGAUCCCCCUGUACCCAUUAGGUGUCUUAGCUGAAGCUGUCGCAGUGAUACAGUCCAUUCCCAUAUUUGACCAAACCAAACUCUUGAGCAUUCCUCUGCCGAAAGCAAUUGGGACAUCCAUCAGCUUCUCUUACGUCCUGCAAAUCUACCUGAUUCUCAUGUUUUUGGGGCUUUUUAUUAACUUUCGGCACCUUUACAAGCAGAGGAAAAGGCGUUUCCGGACCAAAAAGAGGAAGACGCAUUAACGCUCAGUACUAACAAUAAUACUUGAAUGCCACUACUGCCUGCUUACAUUUGAACCUUUUUUCUUUUUUUUUAAGACCAUCGGCUACGCCUCUGCUCCGGUUCCGAAUGUUUUUUCCUUAAUAGUUGUUUUCUACUUCGCAUACCUUUGCUCUCCUCAGACUUCCUCUAUCUUUUUACAUAACCUUUCCCCAGAUUGUGUAAUCUUUUAUCACCACAUGGUCACAUUUAGCAGUAGUUCUCAUAAACUAGAUCUUUCAGAUUACUGUUAAACCACAGAGAUUGAAACAGUUGACAUUUCUUUCUAACCCAUCUGUUUUUUUUUAAGUCUCUUUUCUACAUGACUUCUGAGCAACAACUUCUGAAAGACCUUAGUGCUAACAGCUGGUUUACAAUGAUUUUGGCUUAAAUGAAGAAUAUCAACCUCUAAUGCAUGGUUUUAUUUAUUGUUUCCUUCUGAUAAAGAUCUGAAAAAAGUUGUCCUUUAUUUUAACUAAGCUUUGACCCAGUAUGUAUCUUUAUUAUUCUACUCAUUUCUUGUUCUAAAUGUCUCUUUAAUUGUCCUUUUGAUAACUUAUGAGACCAAAUAAAAAAACAAAUUUA